GAAGAUGGCGCGGCGGAGCUACCGUGCCACGUCCUACUACAGGACAAAAACAAGAUUAAAUCCCCUUAACUCUGUCCUGUUUAUUCUUAUUUCUUUAAUAAGUUUUCUUCCUUCAGCCGUUGAAGCUGGACUGUACACUGCAUCUGAUCAGAUUAUUAUUUUAUCACCGGAUAAUGUGAACACUGUGCUGUUUAACUCCAAAGCGGCUCUGCUCGUAGAGUUUUACGCGACUUGGUGCGGACACUGUAUCGCGUUCUCACCCGUGUGGAAAAGUCUCGCCAGAGAUAUUAAAGAAUGGAAGCCAGCUGUUGAUCUAGCUGCUGUUGAUUGUGCUGAUGAAAACAACAGAAAAGUGUGCACCAGUUUCGGAAUCACUGGAUAUCCCUUUCUGAAGUUCUUCCCUGCCUACUCAAGAAAUGAGUCCAUGGGGGAGGAUCUCAGAGGAUUUCCAAGGGAUGUGAGAGGCCUUCGGCACCACAUUAUUGAAAAAUUGGAGACACACACAGAGGCUUGGCCACCCGCUUGCCCUCCUUUAGAGACAGUUAGCGAGACUGAGAUAGACAGUUUCUUUCAGACCAACAAUGUGAAGCACCUCGCUCUUGUGUUUGAAACCAAAAACUCCUUUGUGGGUAGAGAGGUGACGUUGGACUUGUUGCAGUUUGAAAACAUAGCUGUGAGCAGGGUUUUGAACACAGAGCAGAGUUUGGUGUCCAGGUUUGGUGUGACCAAUUUUCCUUCCUGUUACCUGUACAAUUCAUCUGGAAGCAUCUCUAGACUCGAAGUACUCAAUGAAGCACGUACCUUCUACUCGUAUGCUCUCCAGAGGCUGCCAGGGGUAGUGCGGAUGGGCAAGCCCCAGAUACCCAUCACUGAUCUCAUCAAGAACUUAACUCAAGAGGAGUGGAGGCCGUUUAACAAGACACGUGUGUAUAUGUCUGAUCUUGAGUCAGUGCUGCACUACUCUCUACGUGUAGAACUGGCUGCUCACACCAGGAUUAGUGGAGAUGAUCUGACUGCAAUCAGAAAGUACAUAUCUGUACUGGCUAAGUAUUUCCCAGGUCGUCCAUCUAUAAAGAGGGCACUUAAGGCUGUGGACAGCUGGUUACAAGAACAGAAGGGACCUGAGAUCAAAUACAGUGAUUUUAGAUAUAUGCUGGACAACACAGUGCAGACAAGUGAUGCAGUGUUGCCUGAGGGGGUAAGGUGGGUGGGCUGCCAAGGAUCUCAAGCCCAAUUCCGUGGAUACCCUUGUGCUGUGUGGACCCUCUUUCAUGUGCUUACAGUGCAGGCUAAAGAGAAAGGUGACUCAGACCCUAAGGAAGUGUUGCAGGCAAUGAGAGGGUACAUCAGGAGUUUUUUCGGGUGCAGGACUUGUGCAACUCACUUUGAGAGCAUGGCCCAGGAGAGCAUGGAUUAUGUGACCACGCUGUCUGCCGCUGUCCUCUGGCUGUGGUUUCGCCACAAUAGGGUCAACAACCGCCUGGCAGGAGACCUAAGUGAGGACGCCUAUUUCCCUAAGAUUCAAUGGCCAUCUCCGGAGUUGUGCCCUGGUUGCCAUGGUGUAAAAAGGACCGGAGAGCACAUCUGGAAUCAGUAUGAGGUACUGGCUUUCCUCCGAAACUACUUUUCUACAGACCACAUUCUGCCAGACUAUCUGCAGGAUGAGACCCAAGCCAUCAUCCAGCAGAGAAACCAACUCACAGCUGCUCGGAUGGAGAAAGAAGCCAGGGGUGGGGCAGAGAGGAGAGCCAGAGAGGUUCCCAAAAACCGCCCUGCCGAUCUGACCGAAGAGCCACAAGAAGAUAAACAGGAGGAGGAGGAAGAAGAACCAUCAUUGGAGGAACAGGCUGGUGAGCCAUACCCUGCAGGGUUGGAGGGGUUUGGGGCAGCUGGAGAGCAUGCAACCCUUAGCCAGGCUCCUUGGGAGAAGCCACAGCAGCCACAGUCACAACCACGCAAGCUGAAAAUUGUGGGUCUGAAGCUACGAGAGCCCCAGGAGGACAUCAUAGACCUGGACUCCUUUGUCAACCAGCACUAUAAAGCUAAAGCCCUUCAAGCUGCGGCCAUGUCGGGGAUGGUACGUCGGAGAAGUCUCCAAAAGCAAGAUGAUGUGAAGGACCUCCAGUUCGAGAGAGACUGGAGGGUAAAGCAACACCUGGGAAGCCAGGAAGAGAACUUCGGUGGUGGAAUCAGAAUAGAGCCUUACCCCAGACCUCAAAGCAAACAUUGGAUGUCGCUGCUCAGCGUGGGAUUCUCCAGAAUGGAUAUGAGCCUGUGUGUCCUGCUGUAUCUUCUCUCGGCCAUGUGUCUUCUAACGAUGUAUUUAUAUUUUAAACUGAGGGUAAAGCUGCGAUGUGCUAAAGUGUCUCUACCUUGAGUGUCACAGUGCAUUGCUCAAGCUUAAUCUUUUACUUCUAUCAGGAAUGACAAAAUCUCACAAUCUGUGGCUACUAAAGGAACCGCUAGCUUCCAAAUAAACAAGGUAAAGAAGUUGAGAGCUUUCAAAGAACUGUUUUAAUUGGAUGGUAAUUAAGAAGUGGUUGCUAAUACAAUCACCCUACAACUGAUUUGCAUAUUAUGAUCCCUGCACUUGCCCAUGAAGGACUGCUUGUGGUCUGAUAUUUUUAGCUACUCAUCAGUGCCUGAGUUCCUCCAUUGGAGGGACUUUUUCUUAGAAGCACCAGAUGAAGGAAAAAUUACCAUAAUUGAUGUUCUUAUUUGUUAAUCUUACAGAAAUUUGUUUUAAAAUUACCACUUUUCAAAUAAAUGUUUACAAGUUGGAGCAAAUGCAGCUCACAGUGUUUUAAAAGCAUCAAUAGUUUUGUUUUUAAGUCAAUGUUUUGCCAUAAGUCCACUGCCUGUCCAUUCUUUGUGCCUUUUCCUUAUCAAAUAAUUGAUCUUUUUUAUGGAUUUGUGUUGUGUAGCAACUCUUUACACAAGGAACUGAAAUAAUCACAACCAAAGACAAGAACCAAACAUUUUCUUCCUGAAUUGGUGUGCUUUGC